AAUUUUUACUUUUUUUACGUAAAUAAUCACGUUGGUGAAUGUUUACCUUCGUUAUUUUGGUGAUGAAAUAAGAAACAAAACAAUUCAACCACCAUGGGGAAGCUAGAUGUUGCUAUGCUGCGAUACCUCACCGGUGAAGACUUCAGGGUUUUGACUGCGGUGGAAAUGGGUAUGAAGAAUCACGAAAUAGUGCCAGGGUCACUAGUGGCUUCCAUUGCUAACCUCAGACAUGGCGGUGUCCACAAGCUGAUGAGAGAACUUUGUAAACACAGACUGCUAACUUAUGAACGUGGUAAACAAUAUGAUGGAUAUCGUCUUACCAAUGCUGGCUACGACUACCUGGCCUUGAAGGCACUCACAAACAGAAAGGUUAUUGCAUCAUUCGGCAACCAGAUUGGAGUGGGCAAGGAGUCCAACAUCUACACAGUGGCUGACGAAGACCACAAGCCAUUGUGUUUGAAACUACACAGACUGGGCCGCACCUGCUUCCGUAACAUAAAAGACAAGAGAGACUACCACGCGCACCGCAACAAGGCGUCCUGGUUGUACCUGUCCCGGAUCUCGGCCACCAAGGAGUUUGCAUACAUGAAGGCACUGUACGACCGCGGGUUCCCGGUGCCCAAGCCGAUAGACUUCAACAGACAUUGCGUUGUCAUGGAUCUAGUGCAUGGAGGACCCCUCACACACGUAACAUCAGUCCCAGACGUAGAAGGCCUGUACGACAACCUCAUGUCCCUCAUAGUACGUCUGGGCAACUGCGGGGUCAUCCACGGAGACUACAAUGAGUUCAACAUCAUGAUUGAUGAGGAAGGACAGCCGAUUGUGAUCGACUUCCCGCAAAUGGUGUCUACUAGCCAUCCUAAUGCUGAGCUUUACUUCGACCGCGACGUGAAAUGCAUCCGCGAGUUCUUCAAAAAACGCUUCGGCUUCGAGAGCGAGACGUGGCCGAGGUUCAGCGACCUAGAGCGAGACGACACGAUGGACCGCGAGAUAGCAUGCUCUGGGUACCUCCGAGCUAAGGACGUAGACGACGCACUGCUCGAGCAAAUGGGUAUCGGCCUUGCCGUUAGCUCGGACGAGGGCAGUGACCCCGAGGACGAGGACGCGCCUCGUGAGGACGCCGAGGACAGCGAGCGGACGAGAGAGGACGCCAGGAAGUAUACUGAGGACGAGCUGGAGAGGAUGAGGAAAGAGGUGGACACGUCAAUCCAAAACGAUGAACAGCGCGCGCUCGACUCACUCGCCACCAAAGCCAUCACUCUCACCAUACAAGACAAACCAUCGAACCCGAACCCUUCUGAAGAGGAAGACACAGUACCGGAGCUAGUCCCAGCGGAGGUUGUAGACAAGACGUCACAGAAGUAUAGACUAGCGAUGGUGGAGAAGGCUCUGUCGGACGUGAGGUCUAUGAGGUCGUAUACGUCUGCUAGCACCAUAGCGCCGGAGGUGGUGAAGGAACAGGUAAAGAAGAACCUGGAGUCCCGCCAGAAGCGCAUGGAGCGUAAGAAGGCGGUGGCGAAGGGCGAGGCCAGCGCCGCCACGCGCUCCAGACGCGACAACAAGGAGACCAUCCGGGAGAGCCACGGACUGUGGGGCUGGGACGAGUGAACAUACUGGGGUUACUGAUGUUAUUAAAGAAAAUUCCCUACCGCAUACUUAAGUUAGGUUAGGUUACCCCAUUUUUGGCAUUGGCAGGCAUGCGAUACGAAAGCCGAUGGAAUUUCCCGAGCAUGAAUAGAAAAUGGCCGCCGCUUUUCUGUAUAAACGUGGGCAUGUGGUAGGGAAUUUUCCAUAGUUAAAUACAUAGGUAUAUUACCAUCUUUUAUGUAUUGAAAUAUUCAGCGAAACAACUGUGUCGCGAAUAUACUUACCCCAAGGGGUAUAACAUAUACUGAUAUCAAGUACCAUAGGCAUUACGAUGAAAUAAAAUAUAUUGUAAUCGUUAUUUAAA